UGCUUCUUAGUUCCUGUUUCAUACGCAGUACUUGAAUUCAGGCCUUUUAUUUUGAAGGCCGUGGCUACAUUUCCGUUAUUAGCUGUUUGUGGAUCACGUGACGCAGCUGAAAACUAAGCUAGCUAGUGCUGUGGACUCCUCCUCCGAGUCCGUAUCUCGUUGGCUGGCCAUUUUCUGGGACACACCCACGAUCUAGUCUGGUCUGAUCUCUUCGUAUACACAUAAGUGGCAAAGAGCACCGUGCUCUAUGUUUAAUACUGUCUUUUUCUCCUGGGGCUUUAUCUGGUGUGUGCAAAGAAUGAGACAUGAUUAGACAUUCUGAUCCUUUGGUCAGCAAUAGACGAGUAACAGAUGAGUCUUGCAUUUACUCCACAGCCCGUAGUAAUCAUUUUUAUACUUUGACCCCUAAAUGGAAUUUCUCAAUCAACUUCUGCAGACAGGCAUAACAUAAUAUCUGAGGAUGGUGGACUGCCCUCAACAAAUAUCUUGAUUUUAUCCCCUUAAAACCCAAGAGGUAAAAGAAAGCAGGCAGAUUUUGGAGCAGGGAACCAACAUGAUGCAACUGCUGACCUCUGAUUCCAUUAAAUAGGCGUGAAUGUUUGUCUGACGUGCAGUCAUAUGUGGAAAGUGAACUAGUAUAGACCAACAUUAUAUCUAGGGCCCUGUGAUUGUUGUAUUGAUUGCCUGCUGGCUUGAUUUAGGUCAGACCUGACACAUAUUGACUGACUAAGAGACAGUCCCUUUACAGUCUGGCCAGUUGAACACCAGGCAAGCUCUCGCUACAAGUAGAUGGUCAGACUGCAGCUCAUGCUCCUCUAUGGUUAGUGAAGGGAUAUGGCCUGCAUCAUCUGGGCCUAAUGACAUGGACAGUCUGUGAGUGAGAAGGAUGCUGAGCCGAACAGAACACAGAGGCGUGUGCAGACUGUUAUCAUCAGUGAUGUCUGGAACAGAGUCUCAUUCAGACAGAGAGGAGGACUACAGGUUCCUCCACAGUAUGUUAAUGGAGAAGAAGCUUCACCUGCUCUUUAAGAUACACGAGCGGCUGAAGCGUUUUGAGAAGCGAAGCCCCAACCCCGUCCAAGAGCAUGCGGCGAGUCUGGCCUCAGAUUUGGCCGAAGACUUGAUAUACCAUGGCUGGAGAGAUGAAGUCAAAGAACUGGUUGCCCUCUUUUCCAAACCCCACUUUAAGAGUCUCCUGUCUGUCCACGAUGCCGUAGCUCGGAGAGACUUUGAGCCUACUCUGCCACCAAUACCUGAUGGUGUGCUGGAGGAGGAUGAGGACUCGGUCAAGAUUGUCAGUCUGGUCAAAACCAAAGAGCCCCUGGGGGCAACAAUAAAGAGGGAUAAAUCCACGGGGGCUAUUAUUGUGGCGAGGAUCAUGAGAGGAGGUGCAGCCGACAAGAGUGGCCUGAUUCAUGAAGGAGAUGAGCUGAAAGAGGUGAAUGGAGUCUCGCUGGAGCACAGGAAGCCAAAAGAAAUCCUUCCUCUUCUGGCUCAUUCUCAGGGUGAAAUUACGUUCAAAAUCAUCCCUGCCUCCUCCAAGGAAGAAAUGCCAUCUAAUAAGAAGAAGCUGUUUGUACGGACUCUUUUUGACUACGAUCCGAGUGAGGAUCCCACUGUACCGUGCAAGGAUGCAGCGGUACCCUUUAAAAGGGGUGACAUCCUCCAGAUUGUCAGCAAGGAGGAUGAUGCCUGGUGGCAGGCCUGUCACCUUGGGGACAGUAAAACCCGGGCAGGGCUCAUCCCAUCUCAACAGCUCCAUGAGAGGAGAGUUGCACUGCAGCGACCUAAAGCCCUGUUCAAGCCUCGGCGAGUCAAACCACCAACAGAUGAGGGGGAAGUCACUGAGGACGUAGACUACGGAGCUAUAACAGGGAUCCACAUUGCUGGUUUGCGAAGGAGUUUCCGACUGGGCAGGAAGAGCAGUGCGGCCAGAGAGGCAGCUCGAUCCAGGAGGUGGAGCUCAGGGGUUCACGGCUCAAUUUGUCCAUCUACCUACAUAGAGGUCAUCCCCUACUGCAAAGAUCCCAAGGACAGACACCGCCUGAUCAUCCUGGUUGGGCCCAGUGGCGUUGGCGUUAAUGAACUGAAGAGGAGGCUCCUGAUCGCCGACCCUGACCGCUAUGGCGUCACUGUACCGCACACCACACGUGAGAAGAGAAGGCAAGAGAAAGAAGGGAUGGAUUAUCAUUUUGUAUCAGUUCUCAUGUUUGAAGAGGCCAUUCUCAAUCACAGGUUUAUAGAAUAUGGGAUAUUCAAAGGCCACUAUUACGGAACAAGUCUGGACUCUGUUCACAGAGUGAUGGCAGAGGGCAAGGUGUGCCUUCUGGACGUGCACCCUAGUAAAAUAAAGCAUGCCUACACAUCUGAAUUCAAACCCUAUGUGGUGUUUGUGAAGCCCCCACGUAUCGAGGAGCUACGUCUCACCAGACGAAGAGCUAAAUUCAUCUGUGACGAGGACCCGAACCCAGUCAGGAUCUUUUCAGAGGAGGAUUUUGAAGAAAUGCUUGACUCGGCUGAAACCAUGGAGAACCACUACGGUCAUCUGUUUGAUAAGGUGAUUGUUAACGGAGAUAUCGCCAUGGCUUUCAGAGAGCUCAAGGCAGACCUCAAGCGGAUAGAAGAGGCAGAAGUCCAGUGGAUUCCUACAGAGUGGGUUUGCUCCUCGCCAACAAAAGCGCGGAGAAGUUGUGGUCAUUUGAGCGGCUGGAUUUGAACUUUGAUCUUUUAUUUAGACACCAAGAUGACUACAGUGUAGUGAAGUUUCCCCUGGUCGAAGAACACAGUCGUGUUGUGCUUGGAUGAGGAUUAUAUGAAUGUUUUUAUUUAAAGUUUAAAAUUAUUAUAUGUAAAAUGUAAAGCACCCUGAACAUUUAAUUUUUGUCAUAUUUUAAUUUUAUUCCCAUUUGUAAACAAGUCCUGGGAUUACCACAGUUUUCCAUAGUGUCCCUUAGUGUGUAGCUAAUUAGGCAAACAGAAUCCAUCUCUCUCUCUCUCUCCCUCUGUCUGUCUCAGAGCCAGUUUUUCUGUUGGCAUUUACUGAACGCCGGCUCGCCGGACAAAGAAAAAAAAAAAAGUAAACUCUCCAGAGCUUGUGGCUGAGUGUAAUCCUUCCCUGCCAAGUCACAAACAUCAGCAUGUAAUUAUUCUGACAGCUGCUGCACUUCAAUUAACUGUAAUGCACACCAGAGAAAUAUUAUUAGUAGCAGUCAGGGAGACGUUUUGCCAACAACAUGCUGCACAAAAUAGGGACACAAGAUAACAUUUAAUUAAAUCCUUCAGAUGAGGCAGAAUGAAAACCUGUUUCAUGGCUGUAAGUUGCAGAACUGUGUUCAUAUUGUGUAUGUAUGCUUUAACCACUGUGUAUGUUUCACAAUUAUUACAGCAGACAUGGUAGAAUACAGGCUUUGUGUAUUUUUUAGCACUAUACACUAUAUAUUCUAUUUUGGAUCAUUAAUCCUGGGCUCUUUUUUUAUACAAAAGCAAUAUUGAGAGAUUUUAAAAUAAUUGGUAGCAACUCAUCUUUAGUGACACUCCAUUAACAAAUACUCAUAUUUGAGCAUCACUGCUGCCUGUAGGGUGCACAUUCUACUGUUCUCCUUCACACGAGCUGCCUAAUCUAAUACUUUCUGAUGGCUGCAUUCCUCUAAAUUUGUGGUGUUUCCUUCUUCUUUUUGGAUGCUGUGCUCAAUUGGGUGUGAAGGAGUGUUAAUGUGUCUAUCAUGUCGUGUUUGGGAGGAAGAGGGAGCAGCAUGAUGUGGCGAGACGGUAAUGGCUUUCUAGGGACUCAGGCCUUCGCAGACGUACGGGGAGAAAGUUACGACCGCACAUAAAAGCAUACUGUAAAAGCAUGGUGGGGUUUGACAUGGUGGAUUAGGCUACAGGGAUAAAGAGCAUACCAUAAAGUCUCAGGUAUUUAUUUUACUUUGGCAAUGUCAAACACAAUUCAGUACAUUAAGAAGAUGGUAGCACAGAUGGAGGAGUGGAGAUGCACUCGUCAGUGUGUCUUCAUGUCUGGUCACCAAAACGUACAAACGAGACUGUCAGGACCACUGUUACACUUCUGCCAGGCCUGAAAGCCUGAGCUCAGCCAAGCAUGGCAGUAUAAUUUCAUCACACCACUGAGAAUCUGCAGACACCCUCUGAGAUCAUAACAAUGCCAUUAAAGACACCAGAGUGGUCCAAUGAAAACCCACCGUUUUAUGUUCACUGCAGCUCCCACUUCAAACAUUACACAGAAGUAUGAUGUCAAUUGGUUUCGGAUAAUUUGGCUCAAUCAUGUAACUGUCUAUUUGAAGUAUGUAAAAAUAAAUAUGAGUGAUGUUAAACUA